GAUUGCAAAAACUGGUGAACAUAAUGUUCUUAAUAGAGUUAUCGAUGCUGAGAGGCCUUAUAAUUUCAUUAGUAUGAUCUUUGAAGGAGAAAUGUCUAUUCAGUGGGGUUGUCAUGUUAGAAUUACUCUUCAAGAGUUAAUAGGUUCAGGAGAUCCACGUUCUAUAUUUCAUCAGUACUGCCUUCAUGCUUCACAUGUUCAAGAUGCGAAUUUUGAUAAAUAUAAUUACAGCAGAGAUAAACCAUAUGAAGAUAGUAUUGCAAUAUGUUUUUAUUAUAUGAAACUUAUGCAG